GCACCUACAGCCGGUCCGUGCAAGCAAUCUCCUCGGCCUGUACCUACCUGGCAGCGGCCCGUCCAAGCAUGACUGCUCAAGGCUGCACCAUGGGUACUAGCGCACGUGAUGCACGCGCUACUAGUCCAUGAACUUGUUCCGUCAUCGGCGCCCGUGUUUGACAGAGACCCCACGCUGGCUGUUGAUGCUUCCAAUGGCUUCGAUGUCUGUUGCCUUCGCAUGGUCCACGAGGAAAAUGCCUGCAUCAACCACUACUAGGUGUCAACUGCUUGUGAGAGACAGUGUGCCGCAUUGUCCGAACAGGCGCGAGAAUUUUGGAAUAACCUGCAAUCGCACUGCUUGGUCGGAAACAGACAACUAUGCUUUUUGUAUGUUCACUAACUUGUGCCUUUGGCCAUGGUGAUACUAUCAAGAUGCGUACAAUGCAAAUCCUCAACGCAACUUUUUUUUUACUAUCCUCUCCCAUCACUAUCCUGAGCUGGAAUUCACCAAAAUACACACUCGCACCCAACUCCAUCAGCUCAAAGUCUUCAAUGCCCAUU